AUGAACAACGGUAGCAUAACUGAUACACUAAGCAUGAACUUCGCAGAUCAAGACAUGGGCGUGUCUGCUGACACUGCAUUAAACGACACGCUCUUGGAGUAUGAGCAAGCGGCCAGCCGUCUGUUCACUGGAGAUGUUACAUAUGAUCCUUAUGACUCCAUUCUCGACAAUCCGCUCUUAGAGCAGAACCAAGGCUGGAUAUGGAGUUGGAACUUUCUUGAAUUACGGGGAAAGUAUUUUAGACGAUGA